AUGGAGGAUGUUUGUGUGUGGAGUUUGGAGCCUAUAGGAAUGUUCACUAUUAAGUCAAUGUGGAAUGGUCUAAGGAGCAUUGGCCCUUCAGUUUCAUGGGCAUUAUUUGUGUGGAACAAGCAUCUGCCACCAAGGCUAUCUAUCCUUGGUUGGCUGUGGGUGCAUGGAAAAAUGCUUACGGAUGACAUGAACCAAGCUAAAGCAGUUCACCUUCCCUCCCGGUGUGAUCUUUGUGUUAAGAAUGCUGAGUCUUUUAUUCAUCUCUUUCUGGAAUGUAGUUUCUAUUUAGAAAUAUGGAGUAAGACUGUGGUGAUGUUUAAUGUGGCAUGGAAAAAGAUGGCAUCUGUAAAUGAGUUGAUUAACUGGUGGAAGAAUAAAGGGAAGGGGUGGUCUUUGAAAGAUCCUUGGAUGAUUGGGAUGAUGAUCACGAUUGCUGCAAUCUGGAAUGAGAGAAACGCGAGACGGUAUAAGGAUAAAAAUUGGUGUCUAUCUAUGAUAUAUGCUAUCAAAAGGGAGAUAAGUUUUGUUUGCAGCAAAUUGAAGUUUUCUUCCAAGUCUGUAGAUGAUCUUAUCCUCUGUAGAAGAUUUCAUUUUGAAAAUGCUUCACAUGUUUCGCAUAAAACAUUGGAAAUUCAUUGGGGUAAACCGAUGAGAUCUUGGGCGAAGCUUAAUGUAAACGGAUGCUCCCUAGGAAAUUCUGGCCGGGCGCGAAGAGGUGGAAUUCUUCAGGAUCAUAAUGGUAGAUUGCUUUUAUGCUUCAAUUUUUUCUUAGGUGUCACUACAAGCUUUAUUGUUGAGAUUGUGUCAAUCGAUUGA